UUUCUAUUUAAAUUUAUGCAUAACAAUUUAAGUUAAAAAUAAUUUUGUGGAUUAAUCAGAAGAUUUUUAAUAAGUUUGUAAUUAAGCAUUCCAUAGCUUCUGCCUACCACCCACAAACCAACGGUCAAGAUGAGCGCACCAACCAAGUGAUCAAGGCAGGAAUUAAUAAAUACACUAAUAGGUAAAUAAACCACAACCCAAAGUUUUUCUAUUGACUAACUCAAUAACCACAUAUUGCAGUCAACAUGAUAUUGUGGGAUGACCAUCCAUAGCUUCUGCCUACCACCCACAAACCAACGGUCAAGAUGAGUGCAGUCAACAUGAUGUUGUGGGAUGACCAUCCAUAGCUUCUGCCUACCACCCACAAACCAACGGUCAAGAUGAGCGCACCAACCAAGUGAUAAAGCAGGAAUUAAUAAAUACACUAAUAGGUAAAUAAACCACAACCCAAAGUUUUUCUAUUGACUAACUCAAUAACCACAUAUUGCAGUCAACAUGAUAUUGGGAUGACCAUAUUAGCGCAUUGUAUACUCGGCCAACGCAUCAUUUCAAAAAACAGUUAAAUGUACACCAUUUCAGGUCGUGAUGACAUAGAUGAUGGUGACAUAAAUAAUAAAAUUGCAACUUGUGUUGUUAUUAACAGAGGACCAUCAGCAGAUUUGCUACACUUUAUCAAAAAUGUCCCAUAUCCACCUAAAAACUACACUGAUGUUGAAGUGUUAUGGGCAAACAACCAUAAAACAAAAGAGGAAGUUGUUUGUUCCAAUACAAUCCUCACAACAGAAGUUUUAAUGCAGCUGAAUGGGAAUGGAAUGCAUGGUUGGAUGAUAAGAUCAUGGAUGCGCACCUGUCAUUCCUCUGUUUAAAGAAGGCCAAAAUGCAUGCGGUUUCUGUGCUGGUAGCAACCGAGCUUUGGUGGCAUGCCAACACAUUAGGACUACCUAAAAAUUAUUUAAAAAUUUUAAACAAUUACUAAAUUGUUAAUAUCACAUUUAUUAUCUUAGCAAAGUCUGUUGGACAGAACAUGGUCACAUCUCUUAACACUGGCUGUCAUUGGAUAUUUAUGGUAAGCUAUUGAAUUCAUAAAAUUUGAAUCUUUUAUAACAUGUAACAUAAAAACUGUAGGGAUAUGAUGUAAAUGAAGACACCAUGACCAUCUACGAUCCACAGGGAAGAGAAGCAUCAAAUUUGAGGUACCACUCCACAACUCUUUUACCUGCAAUUAAUCACUUUUCUAUAAAAUAAAACUUCACCAGUUCUCAAAAAUGGUCAUCUGCAUUGUGUGAACCUAAAAAACCUGGGAUGCAUUUGGAAACAUCCACCUCAACAAGACUCGCAUAACUGUGGAGUAUUAAGUUUAAUAGUGAGUUUUUAUAAAAACUUUAUAAAAAAAGAAGUGUAUUUUUUGUAUAAUGCCAUUACUUUGACUUUUGACUAAGUUUGGUAAUAAAGAUACUUUUUCUAGGCAUCAACUUAUUUUGUUGAAAACAAACCUUUAUCCAAAAUUUCAAGUAGAGAAAACUCUUGCUUGAAAUAUCGAAAACUGAUUGGCAAUCACCUGCUUUCUAUGAAUGGUAAUUAAAUUGUUACUAAAACUACUGUGUUAGUGUUAACAAUUCAAAGAUACACGUGUAAACAUGUAUUCACUCAAUUGCUGACGAUAUCUUUAACUCGCUUUAGCAAUUGCUAAAGUAAGACUCCAGGGAAAAUUUAGUAGGGCCCAUACAUAGUCUAUUAAUUUUACAAAUUUAUGCAGAUACUGAAAGGAUGUCUUCAACAUGUAUGAACUGUAAGAUUCAUGGUGCUCAGGAACAAAAGCCAUCUAUCAUGGUAUAUAACAAAUUUCCAACUUAUUAGUUUACUUGUUUAAAUUAAUAGUUUUUAACAUACAUUUUGCUCUUCCCUUUUACAUAAAAGUUAAAAAUAUUUCAAUUCAAAUUUCUUAUUUUUUCCCAGGUUGCAUGUUUAGGGUGUGGAAGAUCAAUGCACAGUGAGUGCAUUCUUGAUUGGCCACAGUGUGCGUUUGCCAUAAUGCCUAAUAAAAUAUUAGUUUUUAACAUACAUUUUGCUCUUCCCUUUUACAUAAAAGUUAAAAAUAUUUCAAUUCAAAUUUCUUAUUUUUUCCCAGGUUGCAUGUUUAGGGUGUGGAAGAUCAAUGCACAGUGAGUGCAUUCUUGAUUGGCCACAGUGUGCGUUUGCCAUAAUGC